CAAUGUCCGUUGGUAACAGACGAAGGCUUCAGACAUAAACAACACUUUUUCUCUCUAACAAGAAAUUAAGCAGAGAGACAGUGAUGAUGUGAGCAGAGAAGAAAAGGAGGAUCACGCAUCGUCUCUUCUAAUGAAUCCCUCCACCGACCAAACUUCCGCCGUCGCCGACGAGCUAGCUCCGCCGACUCAACCGCACCGCUUAUCGACAUCAUGCGAUCUACAUCCAGAUGAGCGCUUCUCCGGUUUCUGCCCUUCCUGUCUCUGUGAACGUCUCUCCGUCUUAGAUGACAACGGCGCUCCACCGCCGUCGUAUUCCCGGAAACCGCCCGCCAUUUCCGCCGCCGCGUUGAAAGCCCUCUUCAAACCCUCUAGUAGUAACAACAACAACAACAACAACAACGCAAACGGCCGGGUCCGACCCGGUUUCUUCCCGGAGCUCCGACGUACGAAAUCUUUUUCGGCGAAGAACAACGAGGGAUUCUCCAGUGGGUUUGAGCCGCAGCGUCGGUCUUGUGACGUCAGGCUUCGUGACGAGCAUAGAAACAUUCCAAUCAAAGAAGCUGCCACCGUAGUCUCCGGCGGUAAGAUUGAGGACGAAGUUAGGAAGUCUAGCGUGAGUGAGGCGGUCUUUGAGGUGAGUGAAGAAGAAGCAGCCGAAACAGAGAAGGAAGAAGAAAAUAGAGGUCACUCUGAGAUAGUAAAUGAUUCCUGCGAAAUUACAGAGGAAAAAAGCGGCGAGAUUGUUGAGGUAGAAGAGAAAGUAAUCAGCGAAGCGGAAUUGAAGCCAAUGAAAGAUUACAUGGAUCUCUAUCCACAGACAAAGAAGCCCUCCGUCAGAGAUUUCGCCGGGAGUUUAUUUUCCGCGGCCUCUGUUUUCAGCAAGAAGCUUCAGAAAUGGAGGCAAAAGCAGAAGAUGAAGAAGCCGAGGAGCGGUGGCGGCGGAGGAGGACGGCCACAGUUGCCGGUGGAGAAGGCGACUACUAGGAGUCAGUUUAGAGAUACACAGUCUGAAAUCGCUGAGUACGGAUUCGGCCGGCGAUCCAGCGACACCGACCCUAGAUUCUCGCUUGACGCCGGCAGAUUUUCCGUUGAUAUUGGUCGGAUUUCAAUAGACGAUUCUCGUUACUCGUUAGACGAGCCAAGAGCGUCGUGGGAUGGGCACUUAAUCGGCAGAACGGCCUUACCACCGGCGGCUAGGGUUCCUCCGCCGCCAUCGUUGCUAUCAGUCGUAGAAAACGCGCCAAUGCGUCGGCCAGAUAUGCAUAUUCCGGCGAAAGAUGCGUCGUCUCCGUCAACUAAUCCGAUUAACGGUGAAUCCGACCCGAUUAUUAUCAUCCCAGGCGGCUCGACUCAAACCCGAGACUACUACACGGAACCUCCGUCGCGGAGGCGGAAGAGCCUCGACAGAUCCAAUUCAAUCAAAAUAAACGUUUCGACGGAGACGGACGAGGUCAAAUCGGUGUCAAAUUCCAAGGUUUCUCCGGCGAUAACAGCAGACUCAAAUUCGAGAACGCUGAAAGACGACCACUACAUGGAAGCAGCGGAAAACAAAGUGAAUCAGAAUAGUGAGAAGAAAUCGAGACGAUGGGGAAAAUGGAGCAUGUUAGGAUUUAUAUACAGGAAAGGUGUUGUUACCAAAGACGAGGAAGAGGAUAGAUAUAGCAGAUCGAACAGCACCGGGAUGGUGGAGAGAUCAUUAUCGGAAUCGUGGCCGGAGCUGAGGAGCGAAGGAGGAGGACCGAAGAUGAGGAGGAGUAACAGCAAUGUGAGCUGGCGGAGCUCCGGCGGAGGAUCGUCGAGGAAUAAGAGUUGGAGGCAUUCGUCUAAGGAUGGAGAGAACGGAAUGUUGAGGUUUUAUCUAACACCGAGUUGGAGAACAGGCGGCGGUGGUGGAGGCGCCGGAGGCGGUGGUAGUGGGUGGGAGAAGACGGCGGCUAGAGCAAAUAGUCAGGGCCACUCUAUUGCGAGGAGGGUUAUGAGGCUGUAUUGACCAAAGUGUCCCUCUUAAUUUUAAUUUUAUUGGGAGGUUCAGGUUUAGGGUUGGGGUUAAUUACUAUUUUUUAAAAAAAAUUGGUCAUCUAACUUGAACCGUAGUAAACCGGACGAAAUUUAAAUCGGUUCAUUGUCCUAUAAAUUGAAAUUCACAACCUAAACACCCGUAAAUUUAUGGGUUAGGCUCAAUCCGCCGCCGUCGAGCUGAAUCGAUUGCAAGAAUGCAAGUUCGAGGAAGAAGAAGCUGUUUCGAGAAAGCAUGUUAAAAGGAUGCGUAUGUAUAGUUACAGUAUCAAAGAUUAUCUGGAUAGUAAUUAGGAAUUGAAGCUGAGUGAUGCUUUGGAAGUGUUUGACGAAAUGUCUGAGAGAGAAGUUACAUCUGAGGUUACGUUUUAUGUUAUCGUAAUUGGUUGGUUCUGGAAGAAGAGAGAUACUGAGAAGGCAAUGUAAUCUCUGGCCACCUUAGCUUUUUAAGAUAAGUCUUUGGAACAACUGAAGUAGUCGAGGCUGGAACGUGACUCGAGAUGCCACAUUGUGUUUCGAGAAGAAUCAGGUUACCUUCUGUUCGUGGCCGUGGAUGUGCCCGUUUUCUUCCUUGCAGCGGAUUUCUACUCUAAAACUCAGUUUGUUUUAUUUUCAUUUAUAAUAAUCUGCAAUUUGUAGUGUGUUAGUUGUCUUUUAUUAAUGGUUUUGACUUUCUUUAGCAAAAGAAGAUACUAUCUGUUUCAUGGAAUUGGAAGAAAGUAUAGAGCUCUCACUUUUGCA